CACGAAGCCACCUUUGUGUUUGCGAAACCACGUACGUGUCAGUAUCCCGUCUUCCUUUCGAUUCCCUACAAUGGCGACCGCAAAACCUGCAAUCCACACUCACCCAGCCACAUGCUAUAAACCUUCUCUUUCCUCUCAAUGGUCCUUACUUCCCUACUUCUAUGCUAUGGCUUUACCUUUAAGCCUCGUCUCUUUUCUUUCUUUAACAUGGAUUGAACAGCAAUCAACGCUUCUCCAAUCUUUCAUUUCUUCUCCCCUUUUUUUUGGGACUUCUUGUCUGGUUUUUCUUCCUGAAUCUUGAUUUGAAGGGAAGUUCCAAUGGUGGGGUCGGUCCCUUACGCAACAGAAGAAAUGGAGUGCUGUAAUUUUCCUGGUUGGAAAAGAGCUUGUUAUGUCUCACAAAUUCUUGAUUAGGGUUCAUCUUAAUCUUGGAUCCUGUGCUUUGGCUUGAAUAUUUGGUGACAGCUAAUUUUUGCUGUCUGGGACCUUGGGAUUUAUCUAUUUAAGAUUGCUUCUCUUUAAGCUAUGGAAGUGUCCAGCUAAGUGCAGUUGUUUCUGUUUCAUCAUUUCAUUUCAUCUUUUUUUUUUCCCUUUUUCUUUUGUUCUUUUGCUUUUGGGAUUGAGAAUGGAUUAAGCUUCGACAAUGGCUUCAGCUACUGAUGUUUCACGCCAGAUACCAGCAUGGGAGGUUGGAUGUAAUUCGAGUAAUGGCAGUUUGCCUGUCGUGGGGAAUGAACAUAAUGAUGCUUCUGAGAAUUUGAGCCAAUCGACAACCGGCAAACCUCCAAGAAACCUCUCUUGCAUUAGGCAUUGCAGCAGCACAGCAAUUCUGCAUAAUCCUGAAUUAGAUGUCGGAAUUGUCGGCUUGAAGUCGCCAUCUACUGAGAACUCUGGAUAUCUACCUAUAUUUCGCUCAGGAAGUUGUUCUGAUAAAGGACCAAAGCAGUACAUGGAGGAUGAGUACAUAAGGGUGGACAAUCUACAUCAAUAUCUUUCUACAGCUGUAAACUGCCCUGUUUCUGGAGCAUUUUAUGGGGUGUUUGAUGGGCAUGGUGGCACUGAUGCAGCAUCAUUUACCAGAAAGAACAUACUUAAAUUUAUUGUUGAAGAUUCACAGUUUCCAUCUGGCACAAAAAAAGCAAUUAAGAGUGCCUUUGUGAAGGCUGAUCAUGCCCUUGCUGAUAGUAAAUCUGUUGAUAGUUCCUCUGGCACUACUGCUUUAACUGCCCUUAUCUUGGGAAGGACCAUGCUUAUCGCGAAUGCUGGUGAUUCUAGAGCUGUUUUGGGCAAACGGGGAAGGGCAGUUGAACUAUCAAAAGACCACAAACCUAACUGCACCUCUGAGCGGCUAAGAAUUGAGAGACUAGGAGGUGUGAUCUAUGAUGGCUACCUUGAUGGCCAAUUAUCUGUGGCUCGUGCUCUUGGGGAUUGGCACAUUAAGGGUGCUGAAGGUUCAAAGAGUCCCUUGAGUGCUGAGCCCGAGUUUGAAGAGAUUAACCUGACAGAAGAAGAUGAGUUUUUGAUAAUUGGCUGUGAUGGCCUGUGGGAUGUGAUGAGCAGCCAGUUUGCAGUUACAAUUGUGAGGAAGGAACUUAUGAUUCAUAAUGAUCCUGAGCAGUGUUCAAAAGCACUUGUCAAGGAGGCAAUCCGGCGCAAUUCCUGUGACAAUCUGACAGUGGUAGUGGUCUGUUUCUCUCCUGAUCCACCUCCUAAGAUUGAAAUGCCUAGAUCCCAUAAAAGAAGGAGCAUAUCAGCUGAGGGGCUGGAUCUUCUCAAGGGUGUGUUGGAUAAUGCCAUUUGAGCAAAAACUGCUUGCAACUCGUAAAAAAGGGGAGAAAAUUGGAACUUUCACAGUUGGCUAGGGACUUUUCCAAGUCAAGUCUGCUAGUAUGCUACCUGCUGCAGCUGGAAAUGCUGAUUUCUCGAACCUAAAUAUCCUGUAUAUUUGAGGUAAUUUGCAUAGUUAAUUAGGGUUACUUUUUUUCUUUUUUUUUAAAAAAGACGCUUUCUAGUGUCUAUGUAGUUGUAGUCAUUUUGGUGGCAUGCGAGGUGAGCUCUUGGUUUGGCCCUGCAGUCUGCACAUGAGAAGAAGAUCGAUGUGUCUAUUGCAAAUAACGUGUUGAGAGUAGCAAUUACACCAAUUUAAUUGUAGAAUAAGUUUGUAGAAAAACUUAAUUGAGCAAGGGUAUUUUUCUUCUUUUUUUUUUAUAUAUUUA